GAGCGCGCUGAACGGAAAGCACUCUAUCCUCCCCGUGUAAUACCGGAGUCUCUAGAUUCCUCCCCGCGCGAAGUCAGUUGUAAGUCGAAGACGGAGCAGCGGAACCGAGGAAGAAGGGAGAAAAUACACAUCCUCCGUUGGUUAGAUGUGAAGGAUAGGGAGGCAGAAAUUGAACUUGUGACAGACAGGACAAUAGUUUCUCUCUUUCUCAAGUUAACCCUGCUGCCGGGGGUUAACACUACGGCUCUCCGUUUCGACAUGGAUAAAGUUAUACACUGUCUCAUGGCUGCUAUCAGCCUCCUUGUGACGAUACGAGGAGAAGUCUAUAAAGGUGAUUGUGACUUUGAGAAGCCGUUUGAAACCUGUGGGUACAGCCAGGGGAGAGAGGAUGAUCUAGAUUGGGAACAGAUCAACACCAGAGAGAAGCCCUCAGCAGACCCAUGGAUGCCAACAGAUUCAGCCUUCAUGAUGGUCAACACGUCGGGGCGUUUCGCUGGUCAGAAGGCCCUCCUCCUGACCCCUCAGCUGAAGGAGAACGACACCCACUGCGUCAUCUUCCAGUACUUCCUGUCAGGGCGCGAGGGGGCGGGGCCGGGGCAGCUCAACGUGUACAUCAGAGAGAACAACAGUCCCAUGGGCAUGCCCGUCUGGAACGUGUCUGGACCGGCUACUAGAGCUUGGGGACAGGUAGAACUGGCCAUCUCUACCUACUGGCCCAACUUCUAUCAGAUGGUGUUUGAAGUGGUGACCUCCGGCCAUCGCGGCCUGCUGGCCAUCAAAGACGUGGUGCUCCAGGGCCACCAGUGCAUGAACACCCCUCACUUCCUGACCAUAAAGGGUGUAGAGGUCAACGCUGGACAGACGGCCGCCUUCCACUGUACUGUCAACGGACGACAGAGGGACAACUUCAACCUCUGGUUACAGGGUCUUGGUGGACGCGAGGCCCCUAUGAAGUCUACUAAGCCGUGGAACAACCGACGCUUCAUUGGGACCUUCGACGUGGAGAACACCACUAAGGGAGACUCUGGACGCUACCGAUGUAUUGUCCAUUCUGACAAUGGAGUCGGGGUGUCCAACUAUGGAGAACUCACCAUAAAACAGCCCCCGGUGCCCAUCGCUCCCCCCCAGCUAACGGCUGUCGGCGCCACCUACCUGUGGAUCCAGCUCAACGCCAACUCCAUCAACGGAGACGGGCCAAUCAUCGACCGAGAGGUGGAGUACCGCACCAUGUCAGGGACCAUGUAUGACCUGCAGCCAGUGGACAAGACCACCCAUAAGAUUGGCCACCUGACCCCAGACACAGACUAUGAGAUCAGUGUGCUGUUGACCAGACCCCUGGAUGGAGGGACUGGGGCCCCGGGGCCUCCUCUCAGGGCCAGGACCAAGUGUGCUGAGCCCAUCCACAGCCCCAGGCGUCUAGAGGUAGUUGACGUCCAAUCUAAACAAGUCACCAUUCGCUGGGAGCCGUUUGGCUACAACGUGACGCGUUGCCAUAGCUACAACCUGACGGUGCAGUACCGCUCCCGUGUGGCGGGGAAGAAUGAGACCCGCGAGGAGGUGUGUUACGACACCCUGGGUCGCGACCCCCAGCACACCAUCCACAACCUGACCCCUUACACCAACCUGUCAGUCAAACUGGUCCUCAAGAACCCAGAGGGGGUGAAAGAGAGCCCAGAGAUGGCGCUACAGACAGACGAGGACGUACCUGGAGCUGUCCCUCUGGAGUCCAUCCAGGGCAGUGCUUACGAAGAGAAGAUGAUCCUCAAGUGGAGAGAACCAGCCCAGACCUACGGAAUCAUCACUCAGUAUGAGAUCUCCUUCAAGGCAGUGAGCUCCUUUGAUCCGGAGCUGGAUCUGUCCAACCAGAGUGGGAAGGUCCUGAAACACGCCAACGAGACCAGCCACAUCUUCCUGGGGCUCUACCCAGGAUCCACCUACUCCUUCACCCUCAGAGCCUCCACCGCCAAGGGCUACGGACCCCCAGUCAUCACGCAGUUCACCACCAAGAUAUCAGCUCCCUCCAUGCCAGCCUAUGACCAGGAGACAUCUCUGAACCAGACAGACAGCACAGUGACUGUCCUGCUGAAACCUGCAAAGAGCAGAGGAGCGCCUGUGAGUGUGUACCAGGUGGUGGUAGAAGAGGAGAGGCCUCGGAGGGCGAGGAGGGGUGCGGCUGAGAUCCUCCGCUGUUACCCUGUCCCCAUCCACUUCCAGAACUCCACGGUCCUAAACUCCCAGUACUACUUCACAGCUGAGUUCCCGGCUGUGGGACUACAGGCUCCUCAACCCUUCACUGUGGGAGACAACAAGACAUACAGUGGAUACUGGAACGUCCCCCUACUGCCCCAGAAGAGCUACAGCAUCUACUACCAGGCUGUCAGCACGGCUAACGGGGAGACCAAGAUUGACUGUGUCCGAGUCGCCACCAAAGCUGCCAUACUGGUGACCCAGCUCACUACUCCGUACAUCCGCAUCGCACCAGCGGCUGGUGACGACCAACUAACAGGAGCUGCCACCCAUAAGCCAGACGCGGUGGAGCCAGAGAAACAGACAGACCACACAGUGAAGAUAGCCGGAGUCAUCGCUGGCAUCCUCCUCUUCAUCAUCAUCUUCCUCGGAGUCAUCCUCCUCCUGAAGAAAAGAAGAACCUAUCAAUCCUACACUUACUACCUGAAGCUGGCUAAGAAGCGUAAGGAGACGUUGAGCAGUACUCGGCAGGAGAUGACAGUGAUGGUGAACUCCAUGGAUAAGAGUUAUACGGAGCAGGGGACAAACUGUGACGAGGCCUUGUCCUUCAUGGACACACACAGUCACACCCUCAAUACUAGGAGCGAGUGCACCCUCGCCCUCAAUGGCCGCAGCGAGUGCACCCUCGCCCUCAAUGGCCGGACUGCGUCGUCCCCGUCCUCCUUCACCCUGAACAAGACUAAUACUCUCAGUUCAACUCUCCCCAAAUCCUACUACCCAGAUCCCUUUGUGCCAACUGCUAUCUUAGUGCCCAUAAAUGACGACAGCCAGACGAUGGGCGGUAGCUUCAGUGACACCAGUAGCCUGGUCCAGUCUCACAGCCACUCCCUAAGGAAGAGAGAGGGGCCGGUAGACGUACCUUACCAGACAGGCCAGCUCCACCCUGCUAUCAGAGUGGCCGACCUGCUGCAGCACAUCACCCAGAUGAAGUGUGCGGAGGGAUACGGCUUCAAGGAGGAGUACGAGAUCAACGAGAGCUUCUUUGAGGGACAGUCCGCUCCAUGGGACUCCGCUAAGAAAGAUGAGAACCGCAUGAAGAACCGAUAUGGGAACAUCAUUGCAUAUGAUCACUCCCGAGUCAGACUUCAGCCCCUGGAGGGAGAGCAGAACUCUGAUUACAUUAAUGCAAAUUACGUUGAUGGCUACCACAGGCCGAACCAUUACAUCGCUACCCAAGGUCCCAUGCAGGAGACGGUGUUUGACUUCUGGGGGAUGGUGUGGCAGGAGAACACUGCUGCUAUCGUCAUGGUCACCAACCUGGUGGAAGUGGGCAGGGUGAAGUGCUGUAAGUACUGGCCAGACGACACAGAGAUCUACAGAGACAUCAAGGUGACUCUCAUAGAGACACUGCUACUUUCAGAAUACGUCAUACGGACCUUCGCUGUCGAGAAGCGAGGAGCCCAUGAGAUCCGUGAGAUCCGUCAGUUCCACUUCACAGGGUGGCCGGACCACGGGGUCCCCUACCAUGCGACUGGCCUCCUGGGCUUCGUACGUAGGGUCAAGGCCAAGACACUCAACAACGCUGGACCCAUGGUCAUCCACUGCAGUGCUGGGGCGGGCCGAACAGGAUGUUUCAUAGUGAUUGACAUCAUGCUGGACAUGGCAGAGAGAGAGGGUGUGGUGGACAUCUAUAACUGUGUCAGAGAGCUGCGCUCCAGGAGGGUCAACAUGGUGCAGACAGAGGAGCAGUAUGUCUUCAUCCACGACGCCAUCUUGGAGGCGUGUCUUUGUGGUGACACCACCAUUCCAGCCAAUCAGCUCCGCUCAGUCUACUAUGAAAUGAACCGAUUGGACCCCCAGACCAACUCCUCCCAGAUCAAAGAGGAGUUCAGGACUCUAAACAUGGUAACUCCUGCGUUGCGUGUGGAGGACUGCAGUAUCGCCCUGCUCCCCAGGAACCAUGAGAAGAACCGCUGUAUGGACGUCCUUCCUCCUGACCGCUGUCUGCCGUUCCUCAUCACCAUCGACGGAGAGAGCUCCAACUACAUCAACGCUGCUCUGAUGGACAGUUAUAAACAGCCGUCAGCGUUCAUCGUGACCCAGCAUCCUCUGCCCAACACAGUGAAGGAUUUCUGGAGGCUGGUGUUGGACUACCACUGUACCUCCAUAGUGAUGCUCAAUGAUGUCGACCCAGCACAGCUGUGUCCUCAGUACUGGCCAGAGAACGGGGUGCAUCGCCACGGGCCAAUUCAGGUGGAGUUUGUCUCAGCUGACCUGGAGGAGGACAUUAUCAGUAGAAUAUUCAGGAUCUACAACGCAGCACGGCCUCAGGAUGGGUACCGUAUGGUUCAGCAGUUCCAGUUUCUGGGUUGGCCCAUGUACCGAGACACGCCCAUGUCCAAACGCUCCUUCCUCAAGCUCAUCAGACAGGUGGACAAAUGGCAGGAGGAGUACGAUGGAGGAGAGGGACGCACUGUGGUGCACUGUCUUAACGGAGGAGGUCGCAGUGGGACGUUCUGUGCCAUCAGCAUCGUGUGUGAGAUGUUACAGCAUCAACGUUCUGUAGACGUGUUCCACGCCGUCAAAACACUGAGGAACAACAAACCCAACAUGGUCGACCUACUGGAUCAGUACAAGUUCUGCUAUGAAGUGGCUCUGGAGUACUUGAACUCUGGAUAAACAACAGUCUCAGCCUGGAGAAAGAACUAUGGAAGAGACGGAAGGGUUUUGGGACUUUAUAAAAAUAAAAAAGACUGCAGCACAGACCGACCUGUGUUUUCAUGAUCGAACAACUGGAGCACACAUCGACACACACCCACACACACACACACACACACCAACACACACCCACACACACACACACACACACAU